AUGGCUGUUUGUAGCAACGAGGAGCUUCGGCCGCCGCAAGUCCCUGGCAGCGAGCUCCUGGCAGCGGCCCCUGCCGCGCUCCCGGCCCCGCGGGCGGGCCCGGCCGCCGCGCUCAGGUGCCCGCGGCUGCUGGCGGGGGGGCCGCGGGCCGCGUUCGGCCACCGCUGCCCCGGCGUGACAGGGGCGGCGGCUCGGUGCGUCGGCCCCGGCUGGCCGCGAUCGCGGCGGAGGCGCCGGAGCGGGUCCUGUCACAUGAUGCGGUUCCUGGAAAGUUCCUGGAAAGCAGCCUUUCCUCUGUCCGCCCCGGCACAGCCUCGACGCUUCUCCCCGGCGGCGGGUGCUGUGUCCCCCCGGCCCCCCGACGCCGCCGGGAGCCCGAACAACCUGACCGCCCCACCUCCAGGCGGCGGCAGCGGCGGCCCCAGCCCCGUCCCGCCGAGCCCGGGUGAGUCCCCUUGUCGCCGCUCCCCUCCGCCCGGUGCCCUGCGUCGCUUCGAGAGCCGGCAGCCCCCCGCCCCGCUCCCGGUGCGGCGCUGCCGGCCGCCGGGAUGGAGGCUCCCCGCAGCAGGCUGCUCCGGCUCUCCUCGCCUCGGCCGGGGGGCGCCGGGCUGCAGCCAGCCGCCACCGCCUCGCCAGCCUUCCGUCCCCACCGAGCUCCCGCGGCGGCGGCGCCUCGCGGCUGGGCGCUGCCGGAGCCUCCCUUUCACACGGGGUCGCGCCCGGACACCGCUGGCAGGGCUGCUUCCACCUGCGCUCGUCGGCCCCGCGCCCGCUGCCUCUCCCGGUCACAGGCGCACCUGCGCCCGGUCACCGAGCCGGCGGCGGGAGCUUCUGCGCGGGGGAAGGAGGGGAUGGGCUUUGUCGAAGGAUUCCCGCGCGUGUGCCUAGAUAUGUUGGGAUAGAAACCCGUCAGAACACCCUA